AUGCUUCCUGUCAACAUGCCCCGCGGUCCCCGAAAGCACUUGAAGCGUCUCCACGCUCCCAAAAAAUGGAAUCUCGCCAAGAUGACGGGUGUGUUUGCACCCCGUCCUUCGGCUGGACCUCACAAACUGCGUGAAUGCAUCCCCGUUUGCGUUAUUCUACGUGACAAGCUCAAGUACGCGUUGACCAACAAGGAAUUCAUGCAAAUCUGCAUGGAACGUUGCGUCAAGGUCGACGGAAAAGUCCGUACCGACCACAAUUUCCCCGCUGGAUUCAUGGAUGUCAUUGAAUUGGAAAAGUCAGGAGACCGAUUCCGUGUCAUGUUCGAUAUCAAGGGACGUUUCGUCUUGCAACGAUUGGAUCGUCAAGAGGCUCAGUUCAAGCUCUGCCGUGUCAGCAAGGUCUAUGUCAGUCAAGGAAAGGUCCCCGUCGCUGUCACCCAUGAUGGACGUACCAUCCGAUACCCCGACCCGGAUACCAAGGUCAAUGAUACCAUCAAGGUCAAUAUCGAGACUGGAAAAAUGUCCGAUAUCAUGAAGUUCGAACUUGGUGCUAUGGUCAUGCUCACACGAGGUCACAAUUGUGGACGUGUCGGAACUUUGCAGCACAUUGAAAAACACGAAGGGUCCUUUGCUAUUGUCACCAUCAAGGAUUCCAAGGGUAACGUAUUCAGCACUCGUUUGGAGAAUUGCUUCGUUAUCGGAUCUGGAUCCACUCCACAAAUCAGUCUUCCCAAGGGACGUGGUGUCAAGAAAACUAUCCUUCAGGAAAGAGCAGAAGCCGAAGCUGCUGGACGUCUCUAA